CUCUCCUGGGCUUCUACUAAAUUCUUAGCUUAGAGCCCGAGAUUUCAGGAAGUAGAGUGUGCUGUUUACCCUCUCAAUCUCUCCUGUGCAAUCCUCCCUCCUGAUGUCCUAGGGAUAGAUAGUGGAGGGUUUGGGGGCAUCUUGAAAUCCUGUGGGGGGCCCUGUCACUUUGGGUCCUUGUGUGAGUCCUGCCUGGUGUCUACUGCAGCGUGUUGCAUCCCACGGACCUUUAGAGGAAUCCGGAGUGCGGGGCUGUGACUGCUGUCUGCCCUUUGAGAGGCCACUUGCCGGUCGCUACGGAAGGGUUCUUCAUAGUCUCUCCAGUUCCAGGAACACUUCGGUCUAGGAAGCAGAAGAUGCCAUACUCCAACCUGCAUCCAUCCAUCCCACGGCCCAGAAGUUACCGCUUCAAACUGGCAGCCUUCGUCUUGCUGGUGGGCAGCCUGAUGAGCCUUUGGAUGACAGGGGAACCACCAAGUCACACUCUGCAUUACCUAGCACUUCACGUAGCCUCGCAGCAACUUGGAUUACUGUUGAAAAAGCUCUGCUGUCUGGCUGAAGAGUUGUGCCAUGUCCAGUCCAGGUACCAGGGCAGCUACUGGAAGGCUGUGCGCGCCUGCGUGGGGAGUCCCAUCUGCUUUAUGGCCCUGAUCCUACUGUCAUUUUAUUUCUACUGCUCCCUCGAAAAUACUUCUGACCUGCGCCUUGCUUGGCAUCUUGGCAUCCUGGUCCUUUCAAAGUCCCUAAGCAUGACCCUGGACCUUCAGAGCUUGGCCCCAGCAGAAGUCUCUGCGGUCUGUGAAGAAAAGAACUUCAAUGUUGCCCAUGGACUGGCCUGGUCGUACUACAUUGGGUACCUGAAGCUGAUCUUGCCAGGACUGCAGGCCCGGAUCCGGAUGUUCAAUCAGCUACACAACAACAUGCUCUCGGGUGCGGGGAGCCGGCGGCUGUAUAUCCUCUUCCCAUUGGACUGUGGGGUGCCUGAUGAUCUGAGUGUGGCUGACCCCAAUAUUCGAUUCCGAGAUAUGCUGCCCCAGCAAAACACAGACCGUGCUGGCGUCAAGAAUCGGGCUUAUUCCAACAGUGUCUAUGAACUUCUGGAGAAUGGGCAGCCGGCAGGUGCCUGUAUCCUGGAGUACGCCACCCCCUUGCAGACCUUGUUUGCCAUGUCACAGGAUGGCAAAGCUGGCUUCAGUCGGGAGGACCGGCUUGAGCAGGCCAAACUCUUCUGUCGGACACUUGAGGAAAUUCUGGCUGAUGUCCCUGAGUCUCGAAACCACUGCCGCCUCAUUGUCUACCAAGAAUCCGAAGAGGGAAACAGUUUCUCGCUGUCUCAGGAGGUGCUCCGGCACAUUCGGCAAGAAGAAAAGGAGGAAGUUACCAUGAGUGGCCCCCCGACCUCAGUGGCACCUCGUCCCUCCCUACUGUCCCAAGAGCCGAGACUUCUCAUCAGUGGCAUGGAGCAGCCUCUCCCACUCCGCACGGACCUCAUCUGAGGCAUGAGACAGCCUUGCCUGGGUCCCAGUGACCCUUCAGCCUCUUGACUGGGCUCCCCUUUAAUGGCUGGGGGCCUCAUAGAGACUUCACAUCUCCAGAUGAGUCCCACAUUCCCGGGCAAGCCACUUCACCUCUCUGAGCCUCAGCCUGCCCCACUCCAAAGGCCAUCAUAAGGUAUUCCCUGCCCACUCAGGGUUUUUGUGAAGACAAUACAUGUAGAAGUUUGGUGUCAAUGCCUGGUAAACUUGAGAGAUAGGCCAAGUAUUUCCCAUGAUGAUCAGCAUUCUCCACUCUCUGUUGACUUGUGUGGGUUGUUCCAGCAGACCUCUGACCCAGCUUCUGGUCAUGUGUGUUCAACGGGAGCCUCAGUAGAUGGAGAGAGGGAGAAGGAACAUGUGUUCUGUAGGCAGUCACAGUGGGCCGCCCUGCCAGGCUGUCUUCUCAGUAAACAUAUUUAUUCUCAGGUUUCUAGAAUGGUCUCUUCUCCUUGCCCCAGCACUGGUAUUUGUGUGACACUGGAGUACUUACUGUCUGUGGUCUCUU